CUCCUCAAAAUAAUAUUAUUAAUUAGUUAAUUAAUUUAUAAUUUUGAAAACCUCGGACACCGGCUAAUACCGGUAAAACCACGUUGGUACACACCGACUCGUGUUGCUCAUAACCGAUUCUUAGUGUUACCGGCUAAGCCGGUUAACCCCAAUUUCUCUCUCUUCUUUCUUCUUUCGGUCGUGUAACUCUCUUUCUUUUUGUUUGGUUCUUCGAUCGCCUUUGAUUCUCUUUGCUUUCUCUUUCGCUUCACAGGUCCAAAAAAAAAUUAUAAUGAAGGUUGUCAAGGGUAAGGGGGCACCAAAAAGUUCAAGGGAUGCUUUGAAACCUGUGGAUGACAGAGUAGUUGGGAAGAGAAAGGCUACUGCUGUCCAAGCUGACAAGAGCAGCAAACGAAAGGCAAAGAUGGAAAAGAAAGCCAAGAAGGACCCCAACAAACCCAAGAGGCCACCUAGUGCCUUCUUUGUUUUCCUUGAGGAAUUCAGGAAAGAGUUCAAGAGAGAUAACCCAAAUGUGAAGGCUGUAUCAGCUGUUGGAAAAGCUGGAGGAGAGAGAUGGAAAUCAUUGACUCCGGCUGAUAAAGCUCCUUAUGAAGCUAAGGCUGCCAAAAGGAAGGUCGAUUAUGAAAAGCAAAUGAAGACCUACAAUAAGAAACAGGAGGGUAUGGCAGACGAUGGCGAUGAGGAGUCAGAUAGGUCAAAGUCUGAAGUCCAUGAUGAAGAUGAGGAAGCACCUCCAGAGGAGGAAGAAGAUGAAGAUGAAGACGAGGAGGAGGAGGACGACGAUGAAUGAAAUCAUACACGUUCUGAGCAUGGAUGGUUAAUAUUCCAAGAACAAGAUGCUAUCUUUUAUAUGUCCAUAUAUUUUGGUUCUUAGCUUGCCUUAUGGUAACCUUUUGAAGCAAAGAACAUGUGGUUGGUUUUACUGCCUUGAUUAUCCUUACUUUAGUGUGUGUAUAAACAAAGGCAGCUUUCUUUGCUAGUUUAUAUAUUUACAUGGUAAAUUAGCUAAUCUAAAAAGUAAAGAAAUAUCUCUGCAUAUGUAUGCUCAAAGAUUUCAUUACAUUUUUUUUUACCUAAUAAUUACUAUGUUUAUAGGCA